AGCGGUGAAAAAGUGAGCUAAGAGUUCAUAUUUGAUGGAGUUUGGUGUUUGAUGGUGGAUGUUUGAUGGUGGAUAUUGGUAUUUGAUACUGUAUAUUGGUGUUUGAUGGUGAAUAUUGGUGUUUGAUGGUGGAUAUUGGUGUUUGAGGUGGAUAUUGGUAUUUGAUGGUGGAUAUUGGUGUUUGAUGGUGGAUAUUGGUGUUUGAUGGUGGAUGUUGGAUGGUGGGUAUUGGUGUUUGAUGGUGGAUGUUUGAUGGUGGAUAUUGGUAUUUGAUGGUGGAUGUUUGAUGGUGGAUAUUGGUGUUUGAUGGUGAAUAUUGGUGUUUGAUGGUGGAUCUUGGUAUUUGGUGGUGAAUAUUGGUGUUUGAUGGUGGGUAUUUGUGUUUAAUAAUUAAUAUUUGUGUUUAAUAGUUAAUAUUGGUGGUUGAUGGUGGAUAUUGAUGUUUGAUGGUGGCCAUUGGUGUUAGAUAUGAAUAUUGGUGUUCGAUUGUAAAUAUUGGUGUUAGAAGGUGGGUUUUGGUGUUUGAUGAUGAACAUUGGUGUUGAGUUUGUGCUUAAAGGCCAUUUAAUUUUGAAUUGUGAAUUGCUUUUCACACUGGAGCUUCUUUCCAUUGUCUUCUCUUCAAAAAUACUGUUAAAACAUGUUCUACUGGGAUUUUUUUUUAAAUUUAUUUCCUAUUUAACUUGUUGAUGGAUUUGACCAUUUGGGUUUGUGUUUCUCUUGCUCUCUCCUCCCAUGCUGGAUAAGGAGUUUAUCUUCCCCACUACUCCCCAACACAAAAUUGUGCAGGGAGGAAUGUGACGGCUGUAAUGGUAGAGUUACUCUUAUGUAAUUGGCAGACUUGGCUUGGAGUUUUGCAUUUUUUCAUGAAGAUAAAUUAGAUAAACUGAACAGAAAUUAAUGUUAUACAGUGUUGAGUAAGUCAGGAAAAUCAUCUGGAAAGCAUCAUCUGUAGCCAAGGUUGGCUUUUUUUCUCUCAGGUUUGAAAACUGUAUAUACGUCAUUUUUUUGUCCUAGUCCACCUCCUCUCUUCACUCAGCUGCUGAAUAAGUUGUACCUCAGUAUCCAAACAUCCUAUCUACCGUGAACAGGAGAGAACCCAAGCCCAAGAGAGGGAAAGGAGGAUACCCUGGUCAGAGGAAGGAAAGAGUGAGACAGGAAAAGAGAUAGAGGGAGAGAGGGACAGUGGAGGAAGGCAGACUUUUCCGUCAGAGAUCCCUGUUUUUGACACUGUCAUUGCUUGAGUACCAACGGCUAAUGACAUAUGGUAAGAAGAGCUGAAAUAAAAAAUCAGGACCAGGAAAAGAACAAAGGACUUUCUGAACAUUUUCAAGUACAGAAUUGAAGGGCUCUGUUUGCCAACUGGAGGAUUAAAAUCAACCACCUGAGAAAAUAUUUGGCAGAUUUUGGAGAGGAUACAAAGACCCAAAGUUCUUUAAGUUCAUCCUAAAAACUCCUCAGAUGCAUUCUUCUGAGCUCACUUUCUCUGUGAUUCAGGAUGAGUUUGUCUCGUAACGGGACGCUGGAGAGGACGCCAUCUCAGCAGUUCACCUCUGAUGCAGAUGACUCCGAGUUGACCCGACUGCAUCACGCGAACUCCAUGCCCCCAGCGGUUGUUGACCCUGUGACCCCAGCGGCAGUGGUUCCUCCUCCGUACUCAUCCUCCAGCGCUUCGGCCGAGCCGCUGGAGCUCAGAGCCUCGCUGGACUGCUGGGCGUGCUCGGUUCUCGUCACGGCGCAGAACCUCAUCAUCGCCGCCGUGAAUGCAGCACUCGCCGCCGUCAUCUUUGGAAUCAUCCUCACUCCGGCGCUCACCAUGGUCGUGUUCGGCUUCCUCUGCCAUUCCAAGGUUCAGCCCCAUGGUACUUCGGUUUAUUGCUCGGACCUGCUCAACGACGCGUCCUGUGUGACUCUGCUGGUCGUGGGGUUCGUGUUGUUGGUUCCUCUGCUGGUGUUGGCUCUAGCGGCGUACUGUAGAUUGGCACGUCUCCUGCAGCUCAGCCUCUGCUUCAUCCCUUACAGCCGCGCCGUCUAUAAAAACCUUCCUGUGUCUCAGCACCCGGGGCUGCGGGGCUGCUGCGGCCAACAGGGGGCACCGGAGAGAGACGCCAAAGCCAGCGUGUGGGUGUGAGGACAUACGGGACGCUCUGCAGGGCAUCGGGCUGAAACUGUGAUGAAGAGUUAAUAAUCCAGUGAUCAACAUUUUUUAAAAAAAAUUUCAUUUGUAUAGUAAUUAUGCACAUUUUAAAUCAGGCAAGACGAAUCCACUGAUUUCUUUCUGAACUUUUUAAUCAAAGAAAUACCUAAAUUGCAUGUUUUCUUCCCCUUGAUUUUAUUUUUGCAUUUUAAUUUGGAGGACUGAAUGUCGCAUCGAAUGGUAUUGCAUGAUUCUGAUAUGCUUAACAUACUUUCAUGUCCUGUGUAGUGGGGUUGUUUUAAAAA